AUGCGCUUUCUCUGCCUCCAUGGAAUCGGCUCAAACGCCGAAGUGUUCAACACCCAACUAUCCGCGAUCCAGGCGGCUCUAGGGUCACAGCACGAGUUUGUCUUUGUAGAUGGCGAUAUCCCAUCUGAGGCCGGACCAGGUAGGCUCACAAGCCUGUAUAGCACAAACGAAGCUUAUCUUUGCACAGGCGUGUAUGGAGUCGCCGAAGGGCCGUACUUUUCGUUCUUCAACCUCCCUACUGCGUCUCAGAUAUACGACGCCUUUGACCUCAUUGACCAGGCCUUAGAAGAUGAUGGUCCUUUCGAUGGCAUCUUUGGCUUUUCACAAGGAGCAUCUGUGGCUGCUUCCUACCUUCUCAGGAAUCAGGGCGCGCAUCUACCAUUCAAGUGCGCCGUCUUUUUCUGUGCUACGGCGCCAUUCAACGUGGAAUCGGCGCCAUUCCGAUCGAUGGAUGACGGAACCUUCAGAGAUGAAGGCACAGGUGAAGAUAUCACGGCGGAAAUAGCAGCGAAUAUUCCUGAUCUCUUGGAUCGAAAAACUUUUCCCUCCCAAGGAAAGUCUAUGAUCCGACCAUACCCGUCUGACGGCUCGAUUCAGAUACCACUACCAACAGUACACGUCUAUGGUAGGAAUGAUGGAUACUAUCCACAAUCCCGAAACCUUGUCGAAAUGUGUCAGUCAUUCGACAGGGAGGUGCUGGAGCAUAAAGGGGGGCAUAGCAUUCCUUGGGAGCAAGGGAUGACCAGCCGUAUCGUUGAUCUUCUCAGGAGGCUAGUCCAUGCUGUUGACCUGCAUAUGGGAUCGCAACAUGACAUUGAGCAAACUUUACUUGGUUCUUGGUCCCUCCUUGAACUUCGAUCCCAGCUCCAGGAUGGCGGCGAAGUCUUUCCCAUGGGGAAAGGCGCUCGUGGUAUCUUGAACUACAACCCGAACGGCCGCAUGUCCGUCCAGCUGCAACCCGCAGUCACCAAGAAAGUCAAGGAAACCGUAAAUGACCUUCUGGCAUACGCUGGCCGAUAUUGGGUUGAGACGCAGCCCGACGGCAGCGUCAUGGUGAAGCAUCACCUUGAGCUCUGUUCCUGGCCUGAAGAAGAUGGCUCGUAUCAGUCACGGAAGGUGGAACUCUUUGAGAAUCAGCUCGUGCUAUCAUCGCCAGCUCAUGUGAAUGUUGAGGUAAGCCCUCUUGUCACGUAUGUUUUCGAAUGGAGCUGA